AUGUCGGGCUACGACUACGACCUCAACAACGACGACGACGACGACCCCUACGGCGACAUCGGCGACCUGUCGGCGUCGAGCAGCGCCGACAUCGGCAAGUACCGCGCGGCCCUGGAGAAGCGCCAGGGGGGCGCGCGGCCGAGGUCCACGGAGGAGAUCCUGCGCCAGUCGCGGGAGCAGAGCGGCCGCGCGGCGUUGCUGCGCGCGUCGGCGGCGACGACGGACCGGUCGCUGACGAGCGACGCCGGCGGCCCCGAGAGCGACGCGAACGAGCGCACGGGCCAAUCGGAGUUCGCCAAGGGCGCGCGCGACAUCUUCGCGCUCGACUCCCUCUCCUCCGUGGACCACCUCCUCGAGUCGCACGACCGGUCGACGCCGUCGACGGGCGGCCGCGGCGGCAAGCGCCGCCAGCGCCGCGGCCAGGACACGUUCAGCCCGCCGCCGACGCCCGACGACGACGGAAUCGGCGACUCGCCGCGGUCGCCGUCGGACGUCGCCGACGACGACUCGAGCGACAUCGACCCGGAGCGCGACUUUAUGACGACGGCGCAGCGCGAGCAGCGGGAGGCGGCGAAGGAGGCCCUCCAGCGCCGGGAAGAGGACGCGCGCGCCGGCGAGGCCGCGCGGCUCCAGCGGGAGGCCGCGCGGCUCGCCGACGAGCGGCGGCGCGAGGCCGACGACGAGGAGGCGCGGCGCGGCGCGGCGAUCAAGAAGGCCGCCGCGGCGCUCACGCAGCGCGAGGCGGACGUGCAGCGGCGGCAGGAGGAGCCGUUCCUCGGCGAGAAGGUGAGCGACGACGACGACGACGACGACGACGGCGCCAUGUUCCACGAGCUCGUCGAGUCCAUGGGCGACGACGACGACGGCGCGUCGCCGGCGCCGGCGCCGCGGCGCGCGCCGUCGGAGCCCCCCGCGCGGUCGCCGUCGGAGCCGAGCCAGCGCGGCUCGCUCACGCAGCAGAGCGAGACGUACGGCGACGACGACUUCGAGGACGACUUCGAGGCCUUCCGCGAGGACGAGGCGGCGUCGCUCUUCGCGUCCGUGGGGCUCGAGCUGCGCGAGGCGCGGCGGGAGGCGCUCCUGCUCGCGAACGGCAAGGACGCGGACGCGAACUUCGUGCCCCGCGCGGCCUUCGACGAGCUCAUGCGGGGCUUCCCCAACGCGCGCGCGAGCCUCGAGAGCCGCGGCGGCGCGUCGAGCGCGGCGUCGGGCGACGUCGACGUCGCCUGGCUCCGGGGCGACUUCGCGUCGUCGCUCGAGAAGGACGCGGCGGCGCACGACUGGUACGACGCGGCCGCGGCCGCGUCGGGCCGCGAGGGCCUGAGCUCGGAGGAUCUCUGGGCGGCGCUCGACGCCGACGUGAACCUCGCGACGCGCCGGGAGGAGACGCUCGACGUCGACGACCUGCGGCGGUCCGCGGGCUUCGCCGCGCGCCUCGCGCCGCGCCACGUGUCGCGCGACGACCUGUCCAGGUUCUGGCGGUCCCUGGGGUCCAUCGACGGCGCCAUCGACGGCGCGGGGCGGCUCACGGACCGCGACAAGUUCCUCGAGGGCGUCCGCGCGUCCGUCGAGUUUCGGCCCGAGACGGCGCCGCCGGAGAUGGACCGGGGCUGGGACCUCGGCGACGACGACGACGACGAGCCGGAGGAGCCGGCGUCGCCGGACUCGCCCGCGUCGCCGGACUCGCCCGCGCCGCCCGCGCCCGCGCCGCCGCCGGCGCCGGAGGCCCCGCCGGCGGCGCGGCGGCCGCGGGUCGCCGACGCGCGGCGCCCGGACCCCGACGGCGUCGCGUCGGCGAUGGCCGUCGCCGGCGACGCGCUCCGGCGGCGGAGCGCGGUGGUCGGCGGCGACGACGACGACGUCGCCGACGUCGACCGGGCCAACGAGGCCGCGCUCCGCGCGCGGCGGCCCGCGGUGGAGACGACGGCGGACAUGUGGGCCUACGUCGGCAAGUUGGCCCAGGCCCAGGGCAUCCUCGAGAAGCUCCCGACGGACGCGGAGCUCGACGAGCCGCCGGCGCCCGUCGCGCCGCCGAAGCGGAAGCCGCCGCCGAAGAAGAAGGCGGCGCGCGCGCCCGCCGCGAAGCCCAAGCGGCGCGUCGCCUGGUGGGAGCAGGCCGCGCUCGACGCCGCGGGCGCGGCGCGGCCCAAGAAGCGCGAGUCGCCCGGGGCCCGCGAACCCCCGACGCCCGCCGCGCCGCCGCCGCGGCCGACGACGCCCGAGGACCCCUGGGCGAACCCCCGCGACGUCGUCGACUGGAGGCGGCCGUCGAGCUCGCGCGGCGGCCGGCCGGCGCGGGUCCCGGCGCUGCCCGGCGACGACGCCGCGUUCCAGAUGCAGUACACGGACCUCAUGGCCAAGCUCGCCGCCGGCGCGACGCAGACGGGCCGCGGCAUGCGCGCCGACGACCUCGAGAUGCGCGCGGCCAUCUCCGAGACGAUCCGCGAGCGCUUCACGAGCCGCGACGUCGUCGCGUCGCCCGCGGCCGUCGUCGCUUUGGGCGCGGCGCUCUUCUGCUGCGCCCAGCGGACGGCGCGGGCCGCCGCCUGGUACGGCGCCCUCGAGUCGCACUCCUUCCUGCUGCCGCCCAUCGUCGCCAAGGCGCUGCCGGCCUGGGUCCGGUUCAGCACCCUCGACUUCUUCGGGUCCGUCGUCUGCUGCGCGGACUACCGGCGGCGGCUCGAGGCGGCGGGCCAGUCGCACCCGUGGUUCGCGGCGCUCGCGACGAGCACGCUCAUGCAGUUCGGCGGCACGACCCUCGUCGGCCUGCUGCUGGGCCAGCCGCCGAGCUGGACCCUGAGCCACAACGCGCCGCGGAGCCUGCUCCUCGCGUUCUGGCUGACGUGGAGCUGCCCCGGCGACCUGUGGACCACCGCGUACCGAAACUCCUUCGUGCUCCGGCUCUUCUUCGCCACGGGCGCGGCGCUCUCGAGCGGCCACGCCAUCACGUCCUGGGGCCAGGACAAGGCGCUCAACGCCUUCCACGUCCAGGCCCAGGGCGCGGUCUUCUCCGCGCUGAUCGCCGGCGCGCUCGGCGCGUCCGGCGGCGGCCUGCUCGCGGCGCUCCUCGACCCCUUCGGCGAGCGGCCCGUGGGCCAGCGCUCCUACGGCGCGUUCCUCAGGGCGGCCGUCGGGUCCGUCGCGUACUACCUGCUCCGGGACCCGCACGGCGUCCUCGCGGACGAGUACGGCUACGCGGCGCUCGCGCCCGCGACGGCGAAGAUGAUCGUCGGCGCCUACGCCGUCCUCGGCGCCGUGCCGGACAUGGUCGUCACCUUCGACGCGUCGCCCUACGCGCCCGCGCGGCUCGUCGAGGCCGCGGUCCGCUUCGCGCUCCGCGUCCCCGCGCGCGUCGGCGCGCCGCCCGCGAAGGCGAAGACCGCCUAA